CUUCUAGGGGGAUUACUCCGGGGAGGAUCGUUCUGUCCGCGGCGUCGAAGUCGAAGUCUCGGAUGGAAAACCAGUUUCUGUUUGCCGGUCGUGGAGUUCGGACGUGGAUUCUGUGCAGGUCGUUGUGUGCCAAAAGUCGGUCGAAACGCACAGUCUUCGGCAGUUUGGGGUUGAGAGCUAAUUGCCCUCUCUGCGGUCUUCAACGCCGGCCCACCCGCCCUCUGGACUAAUCCGUCGGGUUCAGAUUUUUGCCUGACCAGACGCCGGGGCAAGGACUGCUAGAUUCAGUUUUAAAGCUGAUAAAAAAAUAAGUUGCGGGUGGUGAAUUGCAGCAAACCCCACUCUGGGCUGGUUAGCGAGAGAGAAACAGGGGUUGCUUGGAUGCAGAUCUUGGGCGAAGGAAAAGUUCUCUUCUUCCGGGUUUCAAACUUCAAUUCGGUUAAUUGAAAAACCGGCUGAAUAGACAAAAGAGAGUGGAAAAUCCGGGAGGAAAAAGGGAAGGGUGACUGCCGGCUCUCGUCUGACAAAAUAUGUGAUAAAAUCGGCGUGCAAUUUUCCGCCCCACCCCCUUCGCUCACUCUCUUUCACACUGUUCUUGACUCUGGUGUUUUGUGUCAGUUUUAAUUAAAAUUUCAAUACAAAAAAAUACCGGUGUAAAUAAAUAAACGUGAAAUUGAAGCACAGAAGAGCACCGAAAAAAAAGAUGAGUGGUGAAUAAAACAACAACAACAUUGGGAAAACGCAACAUUUCGGGAAGGAAUCCGAGUUGGCUUUUGUUGAUGUUGGUGGAUUGACCGCGAGAAUCGCAACGAAUUUGAGCAAAGGGAGGAAACAACAACAAAGCGUGGAAGAGCGAAGAGAUAAAAAUCGAACAGUCGUGGGACGAGAGCGCGCGCGGGACGCGACAAAUGAGGGAGGCAAGAUAAGGCGCAAAAAAAAACGAGUGUUUGUGCGUGUGUGAAUUCAAAAUUGAGUGAUAAAAAGUGAGAAGAAGAGAUAAAAGGGUGGAGAGUUGCUGGAGCUGGAAGCAAAGCCUACCGAGAUAUUAUAAAUAAGUUCUCGUUUUUUAUCGGCUCUCCUGAAGCGCGUUGGGCGCUUGAUGCAAGAAACGUGAGCCGGCGAAGAAGAACGGGAAGAAAAAGAAAGGAGAAAGAGAGGAAAAGCGCGUUAAAAAUGUAUAAUAAAAGUUCAUUCAAGAUUGUGGUCGUUGCACUGCUGGCGGCGGCAUUCUUUUCAUUGGCUCGUGCCGAGUUCCAGUUUACGGUGCUGCCCAAGUACACCCAGGUGUACGAGGGCGAGUCGGUGGUGUUCCGGUGCCGGGCUUUCUUCGACGACGAGAUCGACUUUUCCUGGACGUUGAACGGCAACCCCGUCCGGCUGGAUCAUCACCGGGUGUUUCUGAACGGGUCCAAUCUUCAUAUAAACAGCGUCGGCCAGCGGCUGGACGCCGGCGAUUACGUGUGCCUGGCGACGGCCCGGUCCUCGGGGGCCCGCGUGGCGACCCCGCCCGCCAAGCUGGACAUCAUCCGAACGUCCUCGCCGGUGGUCCAACUGGUGAAGCAUGACUCGGAAAAGGGCGGUUCGGUUGUGCUGAAAUGUCACGGUGGAAAUGGCAGCAGCAAUGACGAGGAAACUCGCAUCGAGUGGUUCAGAAACAACGAGCGACUCUCCAAAUCGGCGCAUAUCGAUUUUCAGCGUCGGAAGCUGCACAUAAAAAAUGCAACAGCCAAGGAUAAUGGCGUCUACAGCUGCCGGCUGGUGCACCACCACCACCGAGAGUCGGAGCUGGAGCUGCAGCCGGAACCGGUCCCGAGUGUCAAAAACUACCGGCUCAAGUUGAAGGGCAACAACGCGGCCAAUGCUAUGGUCAUGGCCGCCGCCACCAGCGCCGGGGCUGGGCUCGUUACGAAUGACAAUGCCAAAAUCGACUGCACCAAGAGCCGAAACUCGCUGCUGUGCCGUGGAAAGCGUGGCGAUAAGCUCGUGGCCGCAGCCCUGACUCCGGCGGCCCUCAUCGGGCCCGGCAGCACCGUCGACACGGGACUCGCCGUCCCGGUGCAGAUUGUGGACCAUCCGGUCAACGCCGUGGUCAACGAAAGUGGCUCCGCCCUGUUCAACUGUGGGUUCCAGGCGCUGUCCAACGAGUCGCAGCUGGUGCUCAAGUGGCGCAAAGACGGCAAGGUGAUCCGGAAGUGGGACAUCGGGGUGGGUUCCGGCGGGAACGGGGGUUCCGAGCUGGACGACGGCGGUGUCACCGAGAGUUCCAUGUUUCGAGAUGAUGCCCGGAUCCACGUGGAACGGAACAAUGGCUCACUGGUAUUCAAUUCGGUUAUCGCAAGUGAUGAGGGUAGUUAUGACUGCCAGCUGACCAACAAUGGCAGCGAGUUCCUGGUCACGUCCAACACGGCGGAACUGCAGAUUAUCUCAAACCUUCGCUUCACCCCGAAACCACCCACCUCCAAGAAUCUCGAGCUCGGUUCCGUCGCCAAGAUCCACUGCAAGGCCCAGGGAACACCCACCCCGUCGGUCCACUGGACCUCGGAAGGCAAACCGGACCUGCCCGAAUCGGUCGAGGACGUAAACGGAACGCUCAUCUUCCGCACCGUAAGCUCCGAUCACCGCGGCAAUUACACCUGCGUGGCUUCAAACAGCCAAGGUGAAAUCUCCGCCCUGGUGGCGGUUAACAUCGUCGUUGCGCCCAAGUUUGUGGUGGCUCCAGAGGGGACACUUCAGGUGGCGGAAAUGGGCACGGUUCAGAUUCACUGCGUUGCGACGGGCGAUCCGAAGCCGACCAUUCAGUGGGACAAGGAUUUGCAGUAUCUGCACAGUACGAACGGGUCGUCGGAGGAGGAGCGGUACAGGAUACUGGAGAAUGGAACGCUGGUGUUGACGGAGGUCCAUCUGGACGACGAUGGCAAGUACGGUUGUACGAUUGGGAACAGCGCUGGGUUGAAGCGAGAGGAGGUGCAUUUGGUGGUGAAACCCGCCGACAGCAUGCCACUUCCGGAGGAAACAUCAGAAGAUGGCUUCCUGAUCACGCGAGCCGUCCUGAUCACCAUGUCGGUAGCUUUUGCGUACAUCAUUCUGGUUGUCGGAUUGAUGCUGUGGUGCCGACACCGUCGGGCAGCAAGAAAAGCUCGUCUCAACAUGAGUUCCAAGGAAAAUGGCGAUGUCGAUCUGAAGAACUGUGAAAUUGAACCCUGUCUUCCGGAGAAGUCUUCCCAAGAAGUGAAAUCCAAAUCUUCCAAAAAAUCAGGUCAUCAGAAGAACGGAUCCAACGCAGAUGGGCAGGAGAAGAGCGACGACACGGUCAACUCGACCAAGUCGAAGAAGUCAAGUGGGUCAAACUCCUAUCUGGAACAGCUGGCCGUCCCUCGCUCAAGCGUGAUCGACCUGCUCCAGAUCGGCAAGUGUGACUUUGGCGACGUCCUGCUCGGCAAAAUCAAAGAAAACGACUGCAAAUCUCCCACCGCGAGCGCCAAGGAGGAACCGGUCACCGGAGACGAGGUAACGCACGCCCAAGACGGCCCCGCGGCGCAAACCGAAGUCACCGCCGAGGACGAAAAAAUCACCAAAAAGCCGUCCAACGAAGAGUUGAACGAGAUAAAGCCCGAAAAUGACUACAAAGCGGUCAUGGUGAAGGCGCUGACGAAGGUGAAGGACGAGCACUGCUGCGCCGAGUUCCGGCGCCAGCUGGACCUGUUCCGGACGGUGUCGCACAAGAACGUGGUGAAGCUGUUUGGGCUGUGCAGGGAUAAGGAUCCGCACUACAUGCUGCUGGAGUACACCGAUUGGGGCGAUCUGAAGCAAUUUCUAGUGGCCACUUCCCCGAGCACCACUCCACCCAAUGGCAGCGUUGAGAGCAAACCGGCAGCCCCGAAGCCACCCCCGCUUAACGUGCCCCAGAUUUUAGCGCUGGCUCACCAAAUCGGUCGUGGCAUGGACGCCAUCUACAAGGCUCGGAUCAUUCACAAGGACCUCGCCACGCGCAACUGCAUCAUCAGCAGCGACUUCUCGGCCAAGAUUUCGAUGCCGGCGCUCAGCCGGGACAAAUACUCGAAAGAGUACUACAAGCUGAAGAACCAGCUGCAGCCGGUGCGGUGGAUGGCCCCCGAGUGCCUCCAGGACGACGACUUCUCGAUCAAGAGCGACAUCUACUCGUUCGCGGUGCUCGUGUGGGAGCUGUUCACCCAGGCCACCGAGCUGCCCUUCAAGGAGCUCUCGGACGAGGAGCUGGUGGCGCAAUCGCAGGCCGGCAAGCUCGACUGGAAGGUCGCCGAGAAGACGCCGGAGAAUUUGCACAAGAUUCUGACAUCCUGCUGGUCACUGAACCCGAAGGAGCGACCCUCCUUCAGCCAGCUCGUCGUUGCCAUCGGAAACUGUCUGCAGAGCGAAUAUCCAAAGGAACCGCCGACGGCGGCGGCGGCCGCAACACCGGCCCCUGCGCCAGCAACGGAACCAACGAUAAUCUAAGCCGUCGCUUCCCAGCUAAACUGUGAGUACUAAACUACACUUAAGAAGACAUAAUCCAGAAUGAAGGCAAACAACGACAAUUUUUAAUUAUUAUCAAUAUUAUCGCUAUUGACUGUG